AUGGGUAGUCAGCAAUCACUACUCCAGUUAAAAAAUGCUACUUUACGACUAACUGAGGAGACAAACAUUCCAAAGGCAGAUCGCCUAUGGGAAAGCUUUUGGUCCUUACCGGGAAGCUUGGAAGAAGUACUAGAGCAUAUUUCCUACAAUGAUGUACGAAAUGCUCUGAGUAAAGCACCGGAAAAUAUAUAUACGCUGGUCAGCAUACUUUUUAAGAAGCUGAUCACUUUACAAAGGUAUUCCGAAUUCUCUACGAAUGCUAAUGAUCUUGCGACGAGACACGUUCUUAACAGUAUGCGUGUAUUGAUCAGACUGAUACCUAUUUUGUUUGAGUCUCCAGCAGGUAUUCAUUGGUUUAACCAAUAUAUGUGGUCAGAGCAGGAAAAUGGGAUACCUCGAGGUGUUAAUAUCAUGGACACUAUUACAAAUUAUUUAUUUUUAACGAACUUUACAAUCCCUCCUAUUGACGAGGUUUCCAACGGAGUCAGAUACUGUAUUUGGGAAAGUGGUAUAGCAUGCCAGUCACCUUUAAAUAAAGAAGCAAACCUUAUGGCGAAUUCUGUCGAAGUUCUUCGUCUUCUAUUGGCCCUCUUUUCCGAGACUCUUUAUACAGGCAACAAUAGAUCCAGCUUUUGUUGCUCUUAUGUUGCAGCCCAUCCAAAUAAACGUUUGACAUUAUGUUUGAUAUGCUCUUUAUUAAACACAACGAUGCGUUUCAACACCCUGUGUUGGAAACCCGAGUUUGUUCCAUCCAAUCAAUUUCCCUUGCGUAUGUCGUUAAUUGAAAAUUCUCUCUCAGUUUUACUUGUGAUUUUAUCUGAAACCAGAUUUGAGUGUUUACCCGGCUUUCAUAUAAAUGCUCAGGGAGAUAAUUUAAGACCCAUCAAUCAGUUCUCAUCGUUGUUGUCAACCUUACAUUCUAUUACGGACUUCCGAAUUAUUAUAGACGGAAUCAGUCGAGUACUUUAUCCUUUCAUGCAAUCCGACAUUCCAAAGAAGGAAUCUUUGGUCAUGUACGAUUAUUAUCCGAUGAUAUUACUGUUAAGUAGGUUGAUAAUUCAGUUUAACAAAGAGUUUUGUUUAUAUCUGAUAGAAACCGAUUGCGCUACUGAUUUGUUUAUUUUUCUAAUUUAUUUGAGCUUUGAAUAUGUUGAGGACUCCGCUACAAUCUCUCAUCUGAGACUGUGUGCCUUCUUGAUUAAGCGGUUAUUAAGUGAGCGCAUUUUUUGUUAUAAGCUGAAUAAGCGAUUCCAACAACAGGCAACUUUACCUACGAAUAUGAGAAUUCCUUUUCGGGAUGGUUCGUUUGCUGAUUUUACUGUUAUUGCGUUUUCAAUAUUGCUGCAAUCAAUGAAAGAUGAGCAAUGGGAUGUGAUGGAGAUUAUAUCAGCUUCUCUUUGUCAUCUUUCCCUUUAUAUGAAAGAGAUCAACCACAGUGCUAGUAAAUCAGUACUGAGCAUAUUUCAAGCAGCUUCUCAGCCUGGAUUUCUCGUUGCAAAUGAAAACAAUUACAUAAUACUUUGCAAUAUAGUUGGUGCUAUCAGCAACAUGCUACAGAGUCAUUAUUCUGUAAACCCGUUCCUUACAUAUACUCUUGUCACCUAUUGUCAUUACGUUGAAACGCUUAGCAUGUAUUCAUUUGGAGAUAUUAUGAAACUGAGAGAAUCAAGCCCCACAGUUCAGUCGUUAUAUUGGAGUCGUGAUGGUAAAACCUUUUCCAGUAGAUCGUUCGAUGCUAUAUUAUUUACAGCUUUUCGUAUGAUUAAAGAACCUCAAAAACCCGAAUAUGCUGGAAAGACUUGGAAGGAAGGUGAAUCAAAUUUUGCUUCGGUUGUAUCUGACUCAAAAUUGAAAGAUGAAAAAGAGCAGUUACGAAAAAAUUCUAAACCCGGAAGUAUGACAGCGAAUGCCGGUCAUUCUGUCAGCAGGAGUGGUUCAGCUAGAUUACGACCAAGACUGCACCAAAAAUUGGCUGAAGAUUUAAAUACCUUGAAACACCAAGAAACGAAGUUCGACUAUAAGAAGCCGACAAAGAAAUUGUUGACACAUGCGGUCGAUUAUGAAUUUAAGCCUACACAACAGUGGUGGGAUAGUUGGUGGUCGAAAAUGAAUAUUCAACCAUUGCUUAAUGUGGUUACGGCCUUGCGUCAACCACUCAAUGGAAUGAAGCAGCGUAACUGUUCCACUUGUGAAAUAUUAUCUACAAUAAGGAACCAAAAGUUUAGCCGAGUAACAAAACCCUCUGUACCCAUGUAUCAUGAUGGCUUAUGGAAGAAAAGACAGCUUGAGUCUUCUCAAGCCUUUGUAUGGACUCUGAUCUACGAUUUGGAUAGGCCGGAACGACAAGGGCAAGGUAUAUGGACAAAUACGAAUGUGAACUCUGGCGCUCAAACAGCAACAAAAACGGGUUAA